UGUAUUUUAAAGUUUUGUACGAUAAACACAAUAUGUUUAAAAUUGUAUUAUUAAAUUUGAUGUCUAUGGCAAUGAUGAGCACAGUUAUGUGCCAGACAUCAGCUCCAUGUCCAUCAUGUAAUGAUGUUGGUCAACCCUGCUUAGUGCACUCAAGAACUUGCUCUAGAAAUCCAUGUUGUUUUGGAUUGAAUUGCGUUAAGAAAAAUCCAAAUGUAACUGAUUUGGGUGGGACUUGUGUGGAUCCCUGUCCAUACUGUCAACCUGAAGGUAAGUCCUGUGAGGUCCGUGGGAUAGGAUGUGGUCGACGGAGUUGUUGUGAAGGGUUGACCUGUUAUCACAAGAAUCUACACGUUGCAGAUCUUCCGGGAAUAUGUCUUAAACAUCCACCCCCACCUCCUCCUUGUACUGCUAAGUGUCUACUUUUUAAUAGUAAAUGUAAUCCCAAUCUCCAAGAUCUAACACAUUSUUCGCCAUUUAGUUGUUGUCGGGGCUAUAUAUGCGCCAAAAAUAUAGAAAACUCAGACUAUUUGUGUCAACCAUUGAUUGGUAUCUAA